UACACGUGAACACUCCACACCGGCAUCAAGUGCACACAUCGUGGACCCAAAAAGGGCUACAUUAAUCAGAUCAUGGUACCUCCAUGAUCAGAUUAGCUGUUCACCGUUAAUAUUUGUGUUAUCUGUAUAUGCAAACAAUAACCACAAUCGACUGACGAAGGCUGGACGUUAGUUAUGUCUUUUAUCAAACUGGGAACACUGAUACUUCACGUUUAUGUCGUAGUCUGCUUUUGACUUCUACAGAUCCAUGCAUGCGUCGACUUGGUUUCACCUGCGACCCAAAAAAGAUGUGCCUGUUCAAGAUUUCGACGUACAAGAUCACUCAUUUUGCAAGACACUCGAUUUAGUUGAUCAGCUUAUGCUAUCUACAGCUACCGUCAUGCAUUAUAGAAGCUUCGCAAUUGACUUCUUUUUGGUGCCCUCGUGUCGUUGUUCCGUCCCAACUUGGGGUCGAAGGGAGGCCAGCACCAGCAUUAGCCAGUACACUGCCCUGUAGUAGACAGUAGUAGUCCCAUAUUUUUGUGUGUGGCUGGUGUUGGAAACGACUGGUUAAAAUGAGAACCCGGACUUUCUCACGGACAAGAACAAUCAGUACCACCUCUUCUCCUGGUUUAUCAGGAGAGUCGAGGGGUGAAACCCACCGAAGCCGAAAGGAUUCCACACUAAGCUGGACAUCCACCUCAGACGCCAUCCUCCCAACAGGAGAUAUUAUUCCAGUUCCGGAGGACACAGAAACUGAUCGCCCAAAACGAUCGCUAUGGCAACUCAUCAGCCUGAACUUGGUGGUCCUUGGGAUCGAGUUCUGUUAUGCGAUGGAGACGGCCUUAGUCAUACCACUGUUGUUACAGAUGGGUCUACCUAACUCCCUCUAUAGUUUGACGUGGCUGCUGAGUCCGACGUUGGGUUUCUUUUUAUCACCGGUGAUUGGAACGCUGAGCGAUCGUUGCCGAUGCUUCUGGGGGAGAAGACGACCUUUCAUUCUUGUGUUGUGUGUUGGUGUCAUCAUUGGCUUCACACUGUUUCUGAAUGGGAGGGAUCUGGGGUUAUUGGCUGGUGAUGUUACUCCUGAUCAUCAAGUUGGACUGAUACUGACGGUGAUUGGUGUCGUCAUUCUGGACUUUUGUGCAGAUUCCUGUGACAGUCCCUCCAAGUCCUACAUCAUCGACGUCUGUAACCUGGCAGAUGUCGACAAGGGUCUGAACAUCAGAGCUGUCCUCGGAGGUCUUGGUGCUGGGGCAGGUUAUAUAUUUAAUGGUAUUGAUUGGGAAUCGAACGCCAUGGGCAAAGCCCUUGGUAGUCAGUUACGAGUAGUGUUCCUCUUCAAUUGCAUCGUCUGUUUCACAUGCUUCACGCUUACCCUCUUCAGCAUCAAAGAAAAACCACUGCCUCCAGCCCCUAAAAAAGACAGAGUGAAUCAAGAAAGGAACGGAUACCAACGAUUUGACAGCGGCGUACCGAAAGCAGCCAGCAAGAGAAAGCAAUUGAGCUACGACUCCUUGUUCACUUCGCAGGGUAGUCUAGAUCCAGCUGUUUCGAGUCCAGCCAGAAGCAUCAACAGCAAAGAGCAGAGUUAUGGAAAGAGUUUAACGGAAUCCAACAUCAAUAGUGCCUCGACGUCAAGGGUUGAUGAGUAUCCGUCGACGUCGACAUCGUCAGGGUCAGGAAUGGACGAUUGGGAAGAUUCGGAAUUCGAAUCGAAGGAGGAGACGGUCUCGGCUGGAAAGCUUCUGAUGUCUAUUGUUAAGAUGCCUAGUGAGUUACGAUGGCUGUGCCUGAAUCAUUUCAUCGGGUGGUCAGCUCUGGUGUCCAUCUUUCUGUUCUACACGGACUAUAUGGCAGAGGUGGUGUAUAAAGGAAGUCCUACAGCUCCAGAAGGUUCUGAGAAACGAAACUUGUACGACGACGGUGUCCAGAUGGGAUGUUGGGGAAUGGUAAUAUUUUCUGGAUCGGUGAUCGUCUAUGCAACUUUAUUGAACAAGCUAUCUUCUUACAUAGCACCUCGCACAAAUUAUGUCUUGGGACAAACCAUAUACGCUGUUGGUGUGGGAUGUAUGGCCAUCUUUAGUGACAGUAUCCCUGCGACCCUUGCCCUGAAUGUGACCUCAGGGGUCAUGUUUGCAACUGUCACCACUCUGCCCUAUGGCCUUUUGGCUGAUUAUCACGACAGCUACAAGAACAUGAAUGACCUGGCGCGGUCCAAACGAGGUCUGGGCACCGACGUUGCCUGUCUCGCUAGCAUCACUUUCUUAGCACAGAUGUUCGUGUCGGCCAUCUUAGGCGCUCUCAUCUCUCUCACAGGUACUAAGAUAACGAUAGUCCUCUUUGCGAGUGGAUUCAGUUUCUUGGCUGCGAUUACGUCUGCGCUUUUUGUCGUCUACAGCGUGGGGGACCCACCUGAAUUUCAAGACCUUGAUGAGGAGCGACAACCACUUGUAAUGUAGUGCACAACCUUUAACAGGUGUUUAGCGAUGAACUGUGACACCAUAUUCCACAUGCACAGUUAGGAUCUCUGGGGUUGAUCUAACAAAGAUAGUCCAAAGAUAGUCCCAACGUAGGACUAGUCCUAGGAGUUAUUAAAAACUUAAGGCAAAGUCUAAGUUAGGAUGUGCAACUCGUCCUAACUUGGGAUAAGACUAGUCUUAACUCUUUUUGAAAUCCACCCCUGGUUCGUUUAUUUCCCACAAUUACUAACAUUUUCUUCUAAAUGGCUGUACUAACUUUAGUUAACAGAAUUUAUUACUAUACACCAUAUUUGUAUAGAAU